AUGCCACUCUUAAGACUUACUUCAGGCACUUUUGGACAGCUGCGCACUUUCGCUACGUCAUCUGCUCUUGGAAAAAGAGUCAAAACAUUUGCUGUUUAUCGUUGGAAUCCUGAUGAGCCAGACAAAAAGCCAUACACUCAGAAUUUCGAGGUGGAUUUAGAUGAUUGUGCGCCCAUGGUUCUUGAUGCAUUACUAAAGAUUAAGAAUGAAAUGGAUCCCACCCUGACAUUUAGAAGGUCGUGUCGUGAAGGGGUGUGUGGUUCUUGCGCAAUGAAUAUUGACGGAGUCAACACUUUAGCGUGCAUCAGCCACAUCGAUCAUAAUUUAUCCAAGCCUACUAAAGUCUACCCAUUGCCCCACAUGUACGUAGUUAAAGAUUUGGUACCAGAUCUGACUAACUUUUACCGUCAGUAUCAGUCCAUAGAACCAUGGUUGCAGCGUGAUAAUGAGGCAGUAAAGGGCAAGGAGACUCAGUUGCUCCAGGAUGUUGAAGACAGGGCAAAACUUGAUGGUCUAUAUGAAUGUGUCCUAUGCGCUUGUUGCUCUACAAGUUGCCCCUCAUAUUGGUGGAAUGGUGACAAGUACUUAGGCCCUGCUGUUCUUAUGCAGGCUUACCGAUGGAUUAUUGACUCUAGGGAUGAUGCAACCUCGAAACGUCUUUCAAACCUAAAAGAUACAUAUUCAGUGUAUAGAUGCCACACAAUCAUGAACUGUACUAGAACAUGCCCCAAAGGCUUAAACCCAGGACGAGCAAUUGCUCAGAUCAAAACACUUUUAUCAGGAAUGGUAAAGAAACAGUCCCCCAUAUUGGACCCUGCUGGCCUUCAAAAACAAUCUGCAAGCAAUUAA